CGCAGUGCGCACCUUUACACUUGUGUGUCUUAAAACUCUCUGUCAAAAGCUUCACGUGUGACAUCACUAGAAAGGGUGCGCAUCAUGCCACCCGUGUCCGUUAGCUAAUGAACACCAUAUUAUUUCAUUUUCCCACCACCUACUGCAAUAUCCCAACUCCAAGCUACAAUUCUCUUCAAAACUAACCAACCAGAGCUCACAAACACGUUCUGAAUCUCGAUUGAAAUCUCCAUGUAAGUCUCAAACCAAAUCGCGCAUUGAAUCAAAGUUCAAUUGGUUGAUAGUUGCAAGCACACACGCAUCAUCGAGCGUUGCGGUUGAGAAUUGGAGAACGAGAAGAGGAAGAAGAGAUAGCUACGACGGUAGUGACGGAAAGUGUUUUGUGAUUUGCACGUGAUUGCGUUGUCUUUUCUGGCGAGAAGCUCGUGACUAGUGGCGGUUUGUGAAAAUGCCUCACAGAACCACAUACAUUUUCCCGCGUCAUUUUCCUGAGGGAGGGUUAGAUCACGAGAAGGAGAAGCUUGUCAACUCAAUCAGAUCACAAACUUUCGGCGUUGAAACCGACCCUUCCAAAAAGCCACUCUCGUCGUCCUCAACCACCGGAAACCACGCCGUCCGCGUCUCCUCCGGCAAGCGCUCCGCCGUCUCCGACCUGUUCGCCACCGGCGAUAAGCUCCGGCACAGACACAAGCAGGUUGCAGCCUUCUGCGACUGGUUGACAGACAAAAGAGAAGAUCGCGACCUUCUACUUCCACCGCCGGAGAAGGAGACCGCCGUCGACCGGAGAUUUGACCGGCAGGUUUCACUUCCGAGGCUAUCGAGCGGGAGUAGCAGCUAUGCUGGGAGCUUGUUCUCCGGGACGACGCUGGACGGCAAUUUCUCCAGCGGCAUUAAGGAGGAAACGCCGUCGUCGUCUCGGCUCUCCACCAUUAACACUGCAACAGCGAGGAGGCAGAAGGAGGUGGAAGAAAGCGAAGAAGAAACAUUGGCGAAGAAGUGUAAAGAGAGCUACAUGUUGCAGCGUACAUUAGCAAAUCGGCUCACAUUUUUGGCUAGUCUCGUGACAGAGCCUAUUCUCCCUCCUUGCACUGAAACAUGGGAUGCUGAUUCGGUUUCUUAUCGUCUAUGGGUGAGUGGGUGCUUGUCAUACUCAGACAAGAUAUCUGAUGGCUUUUACAACAUAUUGGGGAUGAAUCCAUAUCUGUGGGUGAUGUGCAAUGAUGUCGAGGAAGGUAGACGGAUACCGACUUUAAUGGCGCUUAAAGUUGUUGAACCCAGUGAGACUUCUAUGGAGGUGGUGCUUGUUGAUGGACAUGAGGACUCUCGGCUGAAGCUGCUUCACGAUAAAGCACAAGAGCUGUAUUGUGCUUCUGAGAACAGCUUGGUGCUGGUGGAACAGCUAGGAAAACUUGUUGCCAUAUAUAUGGGGGGUACGUUCCCGGCGGAGCAAGGAGAUCUCCACAAGUGUUGGAAGUUGGUUAGUAAGAAGUUGAGGAGUUUUCAAAAGUGUGUUGUGCUUCCCAUUGGCAGCCUAUCUGCUGGGCUUUGUAGGCAUCGGGCAAUUCUUUUCAAGAGGUUGGCAGAUUACAUAGGUUUGCCGUGUCGCAUAGCUCGGGGCUGCAAGUAUUGUGCUGCAGAUCAUAGAUCCUCUUGCCUUGUUAAGAUUAAAGAUGACAAGCAUCUCUCAAGGGAAUACGUAGUUGACCUGGUUGGGGAACCAGGAAAUGUCCAUGGGCCAGAUUCCUCAAUUAAUGGAGCAUAUAUUUCUUCAAUGCCUUCCCUAUUUCAAAUUUCUCAUUUAAAAGAAUUACAAUCACCAUAUAUGGAUGGUGCAACAUGUUCUCAAACUAUGAGUUUCAAUCACACUUCUGUUAAUCCUGAAAGACAUCUGAAUUCAGGCUUUGGACAUAAUGAUCAACCAGUUAAAGAAACUGAUUUGCUGAAAAAUCAAAAGGGCCCCAAUUACGCUUCAGUUGAUCAAAGCUGUGAAGGAACCGUACCACCUCUAGUUCCUUUUUGUUUAAAGGGGAAUGAAGAAGAAUGUGCAGUUCUAGGUUCAAUCUUGCCUACCAUUGAUGAAGAUGUUUCUAAAGCUCCUUGUUUUGCCGGUGAAGCAUCAUCACAUGAAAAUCCAAGGCUUACUGAAGAUGCAGUUGUAGUACAAGAAAUUUCCGACAAUGAGAUCAUAGUAACUGGAAGUUGUGUGGUAAAAAGUACUUUCAAACAAUGUAUAUUGAAUUCAUCCUGCCAAUCAGCACUGGUACAGGUAGACAGCAUAAUUGGAAAUCAGGGCUGUUUAUCAGCUGGGAAUGUUCCGAGAUAUGUGAAUCUUGAACCAUCACUUGCAAUGGACUGGCUUGAGAUAUCGUGGGAUGAUUUGCGAAUUAAAGAGCGUGUUGGUGCUGGCUCAUUUGGGACAGUGCACCAUGCUGAAUGGCAUGGAUCAGAUGUUGCAGUCAAGGUUUUAACUGUUCAAGAUUUCCAUGAUGAUCAGCUGAAGGAGUUUCUUAGAGAGGUUGCAAUAAUGAAACGUGUUCGGCACCCAAAUGUGGUGCUCUUCAUGGGUGCAGUUACGAAAUGUCCCCAUCUGUCAAUAGUGACAGAGUAUUUGCCUAGGGGUAGUUUAUAUCGUCUGAUACAUAGGCCGGCAUCUGGUGAAAUACUGGAUCACAGAAGAAGAUUACGGAUGGCUUUGGAUGUGGCUAAAGGGAUCAAUUAUCUCCAUUGCCUGAAACCUCCAAUUGUGCACUGGGAUCUCAAAUCUCCAAACUUGCUAGUUGACAAAAAUUGGACAGUGAAGGUUUGUGAUUUUGGAUUGUCCAGAUUUAAGGCAAACACUUUCAUACCGUCAAAAUCUGUUGCUGGAACACCCGAGUGGAUGGCUCCAGAAUUUCUUCGCGGAGAACCUUCAAAUGAGAAAUCUGAUGUAUACAGUUUUGGAGUUAUCUUGUGGGAACUCGUGACCAUGCAACAACCAUGGAGUGGACUUAGCCCUCCACAGGUGAUUGGAGCUGUUGCUUUCCAGAAUAGGAGGCUUGCUAUCCCUUCAAACAUUUCCCCAGCUUUGGCCUCCCUCAUGGAAUCUUGUUGGGCUGAUGACCCUGGUCAACGCCCAUCUUUUGCUGAUAUAGUUGAGUCACUAAAGAAGCUGCUGAAGUCCCCAACAGAGAUGAUAAAAAUGGGUACUGAUACAUAAGGAGCACACAAUGCAUAAUUGGUUUCCUUGUCACUAUAAUUUCUUGCUGUUGUAUAGAAACGUUGAUUAACAAGUAACUCCACCCUUGUUUGUCAUAUAUUCUCUAAUUAACAGACUCAUUUCAGGAGGGCACGAAAAGCCAUCUAGUCUAGUAAAUGGAACUUCAACCGCACAAAUAUGUGCUACCUGUAUCUUAUGGGAAAUACAUUCACAAAUAAACUCAUGACCUCAAGCUCUUUAAUGGAGUAUGGACAGCUUGCAGUAAUAUGGGAUCUAUGUUUUGUAAAAAAGGCAGUUGUUAAAAAUAUGAUUAUUUCGAAAGUCUUGCUAAGUUGUAAGUAUUGUGUUAUCUUUACUAAGCAUGGAGUUGAAUCCUGGUUUACCUUGUUCUUUCAGUACUAGUCUGCUUUGCAGAUUAGGUAUUUUGUAAGGGGUCUAUUUAUUUUUAGAUUUUGAUGGGGUCAUGGAUCUGAUGAAAAUAAGAUUCAUUUAAUAUUUGAAAAUGCUUUAAAAGUACAUUUAAAUA